AAUGGGUUGUGUGAUGAAAGAAUGAGAAUCCAUUUUUCGGAAAAGCUCCACUCAUCAAAAUCCCAGAAAACUUCGAUUGAUCAUAUAAUAGUAUUUGUUGUCUGCAUUCAACUUACAUCCCGUACUCCAUUAAAUGAUCCAACAACUUAUACAAUUAAUUAAACUGAGAGCCUCGUUUGGAAGUAGUCUAAUUUGGUAUGGUUUUUUAUUUUAAGCAAAACAAUUACAGAGUACUAAGCACGAGUGAAUGUAAUUGUAAGCAAAGAAUCAAAUCGGUACAGUAGUACAGUACAGCCACAAAACAACUGGCUUUUCCUUCUUAAAAAUUUGGUCACCACCGCCAACCAAACGCCUCCCAUCAUAAAAAGUUAUAAUCAAAAGUAGAAGGAGAGUCGUUAUCACCGUAGACUCCACGCGUCGUAUUUUACUCCAAAAUACUCCCGCCCACACACAAUCAAACCCCAUCUGCCCUUCGUCCUUCCUUCCCGUCCCCCUUUUGUCCCUUCGCUUUCCCUUUUAGUUCAUCCAUCUUCAAAGCCACCACCGACGACGACGACGGAUGCUUCCUUCCCCGGCCAACCAAAAGCCUCUCCUCCGAGUCUCCGACAAUCACGCUUAGCUUUCUGAUCCGGCCACAUCAACGGCCCCGAUUCCUCCACGUAGGACCCCCAGCCGCGCUUCUUCAAUUAAAAUCCCGUGUUUCUCGGUCCUUCCAUUUCGUUCCUCUUUGGAUUUUUCAUUUCUUCUCUCUCCUCCUCACGCGGCCGGCGAGAAUCUACAUAGCCACCGCCGAUUUCCCUCCUCUCUCUCUCUCAUUCCCCGCGGUCAACGCUGCUACUCCCAACCGCCGCCGACGACGACUACCACUACUCCAUAACCGGAUCUAUCCCUCCGAUCUGCAAUAACAACGAUCCCAGAGGCUUGAAGAGGUACGUUUUGAAUUUUAUCUCCGUUGUUCAUUAACUACUUUGCCAACCGUAAUUAACAGACUAAUUAACUGACUGACAGUCUUCUCCGUGGACUCGGUUGAAUAAUUAGGGAUUGGGUUUGAAGUUUGAACCUCUACAACUGAGGGAACGGUCCAGAUCGGAGCUUCGAGGAUGUCGAUCCGGAAGGCGAUUGGGACGGUGAAGGACCAGACGAGCAUAGGGAUAGCGAAGGUGGCCAGCAACAUGGCGCCGGAGCUGGAAGUGGCGAUGGUGAAGGCCACCAGCCACGACGACGAUCCGGCCAACGAGAAGUACAUACGCGAGAUCUUGAACCUGACUUCUUACUCGCGCGGCUACGUCAACGCCUGCGUCGCCGCCGUGUCGAAGCGGCUGAGCAAGACGCGGGACUGGAUCGUGGCGCUCAAGGCGCUCAUCGUCGUCCACCGCCUCCUCAACGACGGAGAUCCGCUGUUCCAAGAGGAGAUCCUGUACGCCACCAGGAGAGGGACGAGGCUUCUCAACAUGUCUGAUUUCAGGGACGAGGCGCAUUCGAGCUCCUGGGAUCAUUCCGCCUUUGUGAGGACUUACGCUAUGUAUCUCGAUCAGCGGCUUGAGAUGGUCUUGUUCGACAGGAAAGGCUCGGCCUCUGGCGGCGGCCGCGGCGGUGGCAGCGGCAGCGGAGGGAGUUCUUACGGCGAAAUGGAUAGGUAUGGAGGAGGAAGAGGCGAUUUCAGAUCGCCGCCUCCUAGGGCUUACGAGUACAGCGAUGGUGAUUACAGAGACGGUGGGGCUCCAGGAAUGACUCGAAGGUCCAGAUCUUUCGGAGAUGUGACCGAGGCGGCGGGGGGAAGAGAUGGACGGGACGAGAGGAAGCCAGGAGCCACCACCACUCCCAUACGAGACAUGACGCCGGAGAGACUUUUCGGUAAGAUGGCUCAUUUGCAGAGGCUAUUGGAUCGAUUCUUGUCUUGCCGGCCAACAGGGCUGGCUAAAACCAGUAGAUUGAUACUCAUUGCUCUAUACCCAGUAGUGAAAGAGAGCUUCCAGUUGUAUGCUGAUAUAUGUGAGGUUCUAGCUGUGUUGCUCGAUAAGUUCUUUGAUAUGGAGUACCCGGAUUGUGUCAAGGCACUUGAUUCUUAUGCUAGUGCUGCUAAGCAGAUCGACGAGCUCAUUGCAUUCUACAACUGGUGUAAAGACACUGGAGUAGCUAGGUCAUCAGAGUAUCCAGAGGUGCAAAGGAUUACUGGGAAGCUGUUAGAAACUCUGGAGGAAUUCGUUAGGGAUAGAGCGAAGAGGCCCAAGAGUCCCGAGAAGAAAGAGGAGGCACCUCCAGCUAUCGAGGAAGCGCCUGCGCCCGAUAUGAAUGAAAUUAAGGCACUUCCUGCGCCAGAGACUCCCACACCACCUCCUGCUCCAGCUCCCGAGCCCGAGCCCGAGCCUCCUAAGCCACAGUACACUGAAGAUCUGGUGAACUUGAGGGAAGAUGGUAUGACAGCCGACGAUCAAGGUAAUCGAUUUGCGUUGGCUUUGUUUAACGGGCCAGCGGGUAAUGGUGGAAAUGGGUCAUGGGAGGCAUUCCCUUCAAACGGGCAGCCUGAAGUGACAUCAGCAUGGCAAACCCCGGCUGCUGAGCAGGGGAAAGCAGAUUGGGAGCUGGCGUUGGUCGAGACUGCUAGUAAUUUAUCAAACCAGAAAGCAGCAAUGGGGGGUGGGCUCGACCCUCUGCUGCUGAACGGAAUGUAUGAUCAGGGAGUGGUGAGACAACACGUUGGGACUGCUCAAUUGAGUGGAGGUAGUGCUAGCAGUGUAGCUUUGCCCGGUCCAGGGAAGAACACGACCCCGGUUCUAGCCCUCCCAGCUCCUGAUGGAACAGUCCAGGCAGUCAAUCAGGACCCUUUCGCUGCGUCAUUGGUUGUUCCACCUCCUUCGUACGUGCAGAUGGCCGAUAUGGAGAAGAAGCAGCACUUGCUUGUACAGGAGCAGGUGGUUUGGCAGGAGUACGCGAGGAGUGGGAUGCAAGGUCAGUCGAGUUUGGCUCGGGUUAAUGGAGCAGCAGGUCCUAUGCCGUAUGGAAUGCCCCCUCCAUAUGGAAUGCCCCCGCCGCAAGUGAACGGGAUGGGAAUGCCUGCUGCCGGGUACUAUUAUCCUCCUUACUGAUAUCUUGUUGAACUACCACAUUAUUAUCACCUGCAGAUAACUUCUUGUUACUUUUGGUUUUAUGUUUUGUCUUCGUUAGAGUUUCUUUAUUUGGUUGUAAUACGAAUGUGUAAUGUAAUUUCCACCGAUCUGUGCACAAACUGGGAUGGAGGGAGAGGGAGGAUGAGAGGCAGGCGAUCUCUGAUUGAUGUUUGGGAGACCUGGGAAAAACUUGAUUCUUUGAUAUGUCUCUUCUUUUUUUGUGCUCUGUUGUAAUAUUAGAGUUUCAUCUUCUUCUUCUUCUUCUGGUCAUGCUGUUGUCAUCUGGAAUAUAGAUUAGGUUUGACUUGAGCUAGGUAACUCGGAAUUUGCUUUAAAAUGAUUGUUCUUGUUUUCCACAAGCCAAGGUUGGAAGUUGGAGCUGGGCAUUGGAUUCCCAUAUGAACUGUUAUUAUUAUUAGUUUGAUGGAUCGAGGCUCCCCACUUUGUUGUUUAUGAUUUGAUUAAUUGAUGCCUGUCUUACAGAGUGGAAUGUAAAGGCAGAGAGAGUUGUCUGUUGUUGUUUAUUCGCAUUACUCUAGAAUAGAAUGACAAAGCCACGGCCACCACACAUGGAUCAUGUGGGUUCAAUGAAAACCAGAACUUUCUCUCUGGUUUACAGAUGAUUCGGUGCUGCUGUGCUGUGACAAGCAAAAUGUGUAAAGUCGGAUUCUUUCUUUCCACAAAGUAGCCCACGAAGAAUUUUUUUGGUGGUGGCAUCGGUCUUUCUGUCUUGGCUUUUUCUUGUUUUUGGGUGAGAGCCUGCCCUGAAAUCACAACCAUUGAAACUGCCUGGACAAUCUAAAUGAAGGACCACCAGGAACGGCAAAUUCAAGUUUUGCUAUAAAGUGCAGAAAUGAUUUUUUUUUUUUUACCCCAUAAAAAAGGGGGUGAAUAGGAAGACGUAUGCAGUUGUUGACUUGUUGCAGAAAGAACGGGUGACCUACCAUUUUUCAACUUUCAACCAAACUGUGGAAGUCGAAGGUCAACUCCAGUUGAGAGAGUUGUUCUACAACUCAAACCAGCUUGACAUAUCAGUUUAAACCAAAACCCAACUCAUAAGAAACUUGGUAUGGGUUCUUUUGGUUUCGAACGAAGAAGAAGUUAUUAAGAGAAGAAGGUUAGUUAUGGAUUUUAUGCCAAUCUUUUUUUUUGCUUCAAUCAACGAUUAAUAUUGGG